AGUGUCUAGCGGGAGCUCCGCGUGUAGCUACGCCGGCCGCCUGGCUUUGAGACAGCGUGAUUCUCCGCAGCUGGCCGCCUACCCGUGAUGUUCUGCCCACGUCGAGUCCUGAGCUGAAAUGGCAGACGAUCUCGGAGACGAGUGGUGGGAGAACCAGCCGACUGGAGCAGGCAGCAGCCCAGGUAAGUCAUCUGAUUGGAGCCACAUUUCAUUUGAUGGAAUUUUCCAUUUGGUAAAGUAUUGCUAUUUUUAUCAAAUGAUGUAAACUGUCAUUUUUGUGAUUUCUCAGUAUGUUUUUUUCCCCACAACAUUGUCCUUAGUAGUAUACUGUGUUCUGUAUGGAAGGAAAAAAAAAUGAGUGGGGGAGCGGGGAGGUUUGGAAACAAGAAAAAAGGCAUGUAACUGAGUAUAUUUACAUGUCAAAAAACACUUAUUGAAAGAAACCUGCCUCUUUAUAGCUAUUGUCCUCAAUUUUGCCUUUUAGAGCUCCAAGAAGUAGAGAAGUUAUUAUAUUUAAUGUAUUUAGAAAGGACCAUGCUUACUUCAGAGAAUCCAACUAAGAGCAGUGACUUCCAGUUGUAUUUGGUGACAAUCUGGCAUUCCUCAACAUGUUUCUAUACAUGUUGGCUAAAGCAUUCUAUAUCAUCUGAGAGUUUUUCUUUCUUUUUUUUUUUUUUUUUUUUUUUUUUGGAGAUGGAGUGUCCCUCUGUCACCCAGGCUGGAGUGCAGUGGCUCGAUCUCUGCUCACUGCAACUUCUACCUCCCGGGUUCAAGCAGUUCUCCUGCCUCAGCCUCCUGAGUAGCUGGGAUUACAGGUGCGUGCCUCCACGCCCGGAUUUUUUUUUUUUUUUUUUGUAUUUUUAGUAGAGGUGGGGGUUUCAGCAUGUUGGUCAGGCUGGUCUCGAACUCCUGACCUCAUGAUCCGCCCGCUUCAGCCUCCCAAAGUGCCAGGAUUACAGAUGUGAGCCACCGCGCCCAGCUGAGAGUUUUUCUUUUGCAUCAUAGUUUAAGUCUACAAAUAAUUGCCCCUUUUAAAACAGUUAUUUAAUAGAAGAAAUAGAAAAAUACACAAUUUAGGAAGUACAAACCCAGGAUUCUGUGGUGCAAGGAUGGUACCAGGGCUUGUGGUCUGUGAUAAUAGAAGAUUGAAGCUUCUGAUAUUAAGCACGACAGAGACAAAGGAGUCGUUUCAUGACAGCAAAUUACUUUUCCCUAAUGGUUCUGGAUCUUUCAUUAGUAAGAAGGAUGUCUAUGUUUGAUACACUUUCUGUAAAAGUGAGGUAGGUUAUGAACUUAGGAAUUCUUUUUUCCUCAGGGAAAUGUUUCUCUUUCUGUAGAACUCGACACGUGUUGAUCUAUUGAGUAUCAAGCAACCAAAACCUAAAAACCUCCUCCCAGCAUCAUGCCAUGCCCAGCGUGUUUCUUGAGUAGUACUUGCAUUGUAUGUUUUCUUUUAGAGACUAACUUAAUAAAAAGAUAUAAUUUAAAACACCCAGAGGACUAGUUAGAUGCCAUCUUCCUCCAAAAUGGAGUUGGACUCCAUUUUCUCUUCCUUCCCUCCAGUUUUAAUUUUAUAAACUAAAUACCUGACAAUUUAUAUCUAUAAAGCCUGUUGAGAUCAUGGAAUAUUAGCAUUUAUUGUUGCUGAUUGAGAGAAGACUCACAAUUCUUGAAUAUUGGAUGAAGCACUGGAUAGGAUGUCAUUGAUGUUCUGCCAAAAAAGUUCAUGUAUUAAACCAAAGUUCCUUCUUGAAUGGAAGACUGUCCCAUCUCUACCCAUAGGCUCCACUUCACAGGUCCAAGAGCCCAUCAGAAGCAUCAGAUGGUGAAGGAGAAGGAGACACAGAAGUGAUGCAGCAGGAGACAGUUCCAGUUCUUGUACCUUCAGAGAAAACCAAACAGCCUAAAGAAUGUUUUUUGAUACAACCAAAGGAAAGAAAAGAGAAUACCACCAAGACCAGGAAAAGAAGAAAGAAGAAAAUUACUGAUGUUCUUGCAAAAUCAGAACCAAAACCAGGGUUACCUGAAGACCUACAGAAGCUGAUGAAGGACUAUUAUAGCAGCAGACGCUCGGUGAUUGAAUUAGAAGAACUGAACCUGCCAGACUCCUGUUUCCUCAAGGCCAAUGAUUUGACUCACAGUCUUUCCUCAUACCUAAAAGAAAUUUGUCCUAAGUGGGUAAAACUUAGGAAGAACCACAGUGAGAAGAAAUCGGUCCUGAUGCUGAUCAUCUGCAGCUCGGCCAUCCGAGCCCUGGAGCUCAUUAGGUCGAUGACAGCAUUCAGAGGAGAUGGCAAAGUUAUAAAAUUAUUUGCAAAGCACAUAAAGGUCCAGGCACAGGUAAAGUUGCUGGAGAAGCGUGUGGUGCACCUGGGUGUAGGAACUCCGGGGAGAAUUAAAGAACUUGUUAAACAAGGUGGCCUUAAUUUGAACCCCUUAAAAUUUCUGGUUUUUGACUGGAACUGGAGAGAUCAGAAGUUGAGGAGAAUGAUGGACAUUCCCGAGAUAAGAAAGGAGGUAUUCGAACUUCUGGAAAUGGGAGUGCUCAGUCUGUGCAAGUCAGAAUCCUUGAAACUGGGCCUUUUCUAAGUCUGUGUCCUAAUGAAGAUUCCAGUUUUCACAGUAGAAGUUGCAUCUUAUUUAAUGACUCUGAUACAUUGCAAGCACUCAGUAAAUAUCAGCAAAUAGUUUAUGUUAAUUGUGCCAACAGAUGGAUCACUGGAAUGUGGGGAUUCUGAAACAGAAAUGAAACUGUCCUUUUGACAACUCUCUUAUAUAAUAAAGUAUCACCGGCUUGUGUAUGA